AAAUAAAGAUUAUUCAUUUUAUAGAGGGGAGGAUAUUCUUUAUGAUAGAAGAUGUCUGGUUUAAGGCAAAUUCGUACGAUUUCUGAAAAAGUCACUAUAAAACAUCAAAACCAUUUGGUUGCUAGCGAUACAGCAUUGGCCGCCUGCAGCAGCACCAGUGUAAAUGUUACAGGUGGCGCUGGUGCACGGACAGCAGCAGCGGUAUCUAGUGAGGGCAAUAUAGCGGCCUUGGAAACUACAUCCACAACAGUUAGGACCGGAACCAGUGUUACAGUCCCCGAUGAUCCACGUGCACACUUAAUGUUCUACCUGAGUUGUCUUUCGACAGUACUCGGGGAAUUUGAAGAUACUGUAUCAGAAGUUCUGGACCCUAAAUAUCACUCUGCCAUACACUUGUUCACCGACUACAUGAAUUACAAGAGCCUUAGCACAGAGCUCAGUGACCAACUGCUACUUCUGUGUGAUAUUCUCAAGCCGGGGUUGUUCAUCAACAAAUGUUUCUUCAAGGAUCCGAAGAUGUGCGAAGACUCUGUAAACGAUUUCUACAAAAUUGAAGAAGUUGAAAAGUUUGUGGCUGUAAAUAACCAUAUCGUGGUGAGAGGAGAGAACAGAGCAGUUCAGAAAAUCAUGUUUUUUCAACCAGAAUUUCUAGUGAGAUACUACGUGACACCAAUAAAGAAACUUCAUUACAGGCUGUUCCAAAUUCAGAGAGGGCAACACUUGCUCAAACCUGGCCUGUCCGAGAUGUACAACAUUCACUUGAUUCUGUCAAUGGUGUUUCCUCUGUGGGUGAUUGUAUGGAUCAUAAUGUGUUAUCAGGAUGAAGAUCCGGAAUCGGUGCUAGACGAAGAAGCGAGAAUAGAGAAGUUUUAAAUUGGUACUGGAUAUAUAAUCUCAAAAUGACACAUAUACUCUCAUUCUACAUAAUUUCUUUUUGUUGUUGCUUGUUGAUUGAAUUAGCCCAGAUACAAGAAGUAUCACUAUCAUUAAAUGGAUUUCAUGCAUUUUAUAUAUAUGCUUAAUAUAAACCUUUGUAUGAAUACUUAAUGAAAGCAGUUAGUAUCAUAAUGAUGAUUUGUGUUUGGAGUGCCAGCGCUGUGUGGAACUUGAUAUUUAGAUCAUCACUCAUACAGAAUAAAUUGUCAAUGUC